AUGAAAAGAGUGGAAAAUUCAUCGGCUCUUGUCUCCCCAAAUGGCAUCAAGCUCUUCUACGAAAAUUUCAACUCCGGCGAGCCGAACAACGUUUUUGGCUCGGAUCUGUGCAUUGCGAUGUACACGGACUGGACCUACGGGUGGAUAGGAGAAAGCGCGAUCGGAAAAUGGAAUGACAUUCCGUGUG